CUAUGGCUGUGUUCAAAGGGCAAUACAACUGUAGGCCAGCUGAUAUCAACUGCCUUUCAAUGCAUAGGUUCACAGUACAUGUACUAUGCAGUGUCGUGACUGAUUUCGUUUGUCGAAGCUCUCCAUACGGAAAUGUGUCAGGAAGACAGUUAUUGAUUUGCGACUAAAGUAUGUGCAUUUAAAUUUGGAAACCUCCGAAAAUGGCCACUUGUUGGGGAAUAUUAGGAGCCGGUGAUAUCAGUCAUGACUUCGCCCUCGCGCUGCAGUUAUUACCUGCAACGGAACACAAGGUUGUAUGUGUUGCAGCCAGAGAUUUAAAGAGGGCACAAGAUUUCGCAAAUGAUGAGGAUCACAAGAUUGCAAAAGCGUAUGGGGCGUAUCAGGACCUGGCAUCUGACCAGAAUGUUGACGUGGUGUACAUAGGCAACUCGCACCCCCACCACUUGGAUGCAGCAAAGCUGAUGCUCAACGCGGGAAAGGCUGUCUUGUGUGAGAAGCCUCUGACCAUGAAUCUGAGACAGUCCGAGGAAUUGAUAGCCGUGGCCAAACAGGAAGGGAAAUUCUUAAUGGAGGGCAUUUGGUCUCGCUUUUUUCCAAUCUAUACGAAAAUCCGUGAAGAAGUCACCAAUGGAACCAUCGGAGACGCCAUGCACGUUUCCGUGAAGUUCAUGCACAAGAUCGCCUGGAAACCUCGGAUGUCGGAUAAGGCUCAGGGCGGUGGAUGUGUGCUCAACUACGGGCUGUAUGCUAUUCAGUUUGUCCUCUGGGUGUUUCAGGACGAGCCAGAGGAGGUGAAGGCUCAAGGGAUAGUGAAUGAGACGGGAGCGGAAGAUGCGUGUACAAUUUCCAUGAAGUUCAGCAGCGGUCGGACGGCCAACAUCUACCUAGAUUCCCGGCUCAACGGAGACAGCGAAUCAAUCAUCUAUGGUACCAACGGAAAAUUAGAGGCCCUUCCUCAAUGCAUAAAACCUGUUAAACUAGUCACUCCCUCUGGGACAUUAGACUAUCCCGUCCCGAGGACAGAGGCAAAGACCAACUUCUUGCAUACAAUGGGCUUCACGUACCAAGCCCAGUGCAUCAGAGAAUGCCUCCAGAAAGGUCUAUUGGAAUGCCCCACCAUGACUCAUCAGGACAGUCUCCUCCUCUCUUCUCUUGUGGACAAUGUGAGACAACAGAUCGGAGUCGACACAGCCGUCUCUGUCACAUCCAGUAGAUACUAGUCUUCAGUAGUGCUGUCUUCCUGUCAGGGAACAGUUUUCGCAUUUGUCUUUGCUGGCUGACUUAAUCCUACCUCCAUGGAUAUAAACCAGGCAAGACAACUAUUACAGACUGACAAAGUUGUAGGACAACAGCGCGAGACAUUGUCACAUCCAGAAGACAUGUCAGAUGUGUAAUCUUCUCCUAGGCUAUCAUUUUGUGUCUAUCUUGGCUCGUACAAGUCCAUUUCCUUUAAUAGCAAACAGUGCUACAUCAGCGUCAUAUCCGGGGAGACAUUGUCACAUCCAUGGGAAUACUGUCACACAUCCAUUGGGACAUUGUCACAUCAUAGCUUUGUAUAAGGUAUCCGCAAGCAGGCAAGACACACUAGAUACAUGGAUUAUUGUAUCAUAAAUAAUAACGUCUCAUAUUUGGCAAUAUAUUUCUUUUCACAUCAAAAUAAAUAUCAUAUUCUGAUAGA